AAAGUUGUUAAAAGGCACGUCCUAGGUGAUGGAUGAGUCUGAUGACUCGUCACUGACGAGUUACUUGCCAUUUUCUUAACAUUGCCGGUUGGAAUCCCACGACCCUUCAUUAAAUACCCUCUCUCCCCUGUUUGCUUUAUAUAAACUUCCAAUAUCUGGUGCCAAGAAUUUAGUCCCCUUCUGGAAAGGCCUUCAAUUCACUCAAAACUGGAAGCAGAACACAAAGGAGAAGAACAAAUUCACAGAAAAAUAUAUGGCUUGUUGGUCUGCCGAAAAUGCCAUUAAAGCCUAUCUCGGAACCUUGAAAAUGGGAAAGAGAGAUGAAGACCAAGGUCUGGACAUAGCGGAAUUCAUCUCAGCCCUGGCUGCCGGCAACAAUGCCCGGCUCAUGGUGGUUGCCUGUGCCGGGGCCGCCGACUCCACCACCCUAGCCCUGGUGGCUGCAGCCCAUCAAACAGGCGGCCGAGUCAUUUGCAUCCUCCCCGGGCCUGACCAACUCCGCCUGUCGAAAGAAGCAUUAGGAAGCAAUGCAAGUCGUGUCGAGUUUGUCAUUGGGGAAGCACAAAAUUUACUGUCAAGUGACUAUUUGGAAGCAGAUUUUGUGGUUAUUGAUUGUAAUUUAGGAAACCAUGGGGAUACUAUCCGGGCAAUGCGCGUGGGGCGGAAGACGAAUGGAUGCAUUGUGGUGGGGUAUAAUGCAUUUUGCAGUGGAUCAUGGCAAUGGAGUGGAAUGAGAGGAGUUCAGUUGUUGCCUAUAGGAGGAGGAUUGUUAGUGACUAGAAUUCCUGCAAAUGAAAAGGUGAAAAAUGGUAGUUCUACUUCUGGGUGUGGAAAGAGUCAUUGGGUUGUAAAAGUAGAUAGAUGCACAGGUGAAGAGCAUGUUUUUAGGGUCAGGUCUCCUCAUGGAAAAGGUAGUUAAAGAGUUUUUUUUUUUA